CAUUACUUCAAAUAACUGUAGCUUUAACUGUAUAGUUCACGUUGUGUUGUGUUUUGGCAUUUGGAAGUUUUCAGCCUCCAACUACAAUAAUAAAAAUGCCUCCUAAGAAGAAAGACGAAGGACCUGAACGUCCUGCUUUGUUAGGGCGUCUUGGAACUAAUUUAAAAGUAGGCCUGGUUGGUUUACCAAAUGUAGGAAAAUCAACUUUAUUCAACAUUUUGACUAACAGUCAAGUUGCUGCUGAGAACUUUCCCUUUUGUACUAUUGAUCCUAAUGAAAGUCGUGUUCCAGUUCCCGAUAAGCGAUUUGACUACUUGUGUGAAUAUUUUCAGCCUUUAAGCAAAGUUCCAGCUUUUCUAAAUGUUGUUGACAUUGCUGGACUUGUAAAAGGUGCAAAUGAAGGCCAAGGGCUUGGAAAUGCCUUUUUAUCCCAUAUUCGAGCUUGUGAUGCCAUUUUUCAUCUCUGCCGAUGUUUUGAAGAUGAAGAUGUAUCUCAUGUGGAAGGUGAUGUCAAUCCUGUCCGAGACAUUGAAAUUAUUAAUGAAGAAUUAAGGUUAAAAGAUGAAGAAUACUUGAUUCAAGUUGUUGAUAAAAUGGAAAGAACUGUCAUAAGAGGAGGUGACAAAAAGGCUAAACCUGAAUACGAUAUCCUUUGCAAAAUCAAACAUUUGAUUUGUGAAGAAAAAAAGCAUGUUCGAUUUGCAGACUGGAAUGCUAAUGAGAUUGAAGUGUUGAAUAAGCACCUUUUCCUAACAUCUAAGCCUAUGAUAUAUUUAGUUAAUUUAGCAGAAAAAGACUACAUAAAAAAGAAAAAUAAAUGGUUACCGAAAAUCAAAGAAUGGGUUGAUAAAAAUGAUCCAAAAGCAUCAAUAAUACCCUUCAGUGGGGCAUUUGAGCAAAAAUUAUCAGAAAUGGAACCGGAAGAAAGAGAGAAACAUAUGAAAGAAGUUGGAGCAAACAGCAAUUUAGAAAAGAUAAUUGUGACUGGUUACAAAGCAUUACAACUUUGUUAUUUUUUCACUUCUGGAAAAGAUGAGGUGAAAGCAUGGACUAUUCAAAAAGGCACUAAAGCUCCACAAGCUGCUGGUAGAAUUCAUACUGAUUUUGAAAAAGGAUUCAUAAUGGCUGAAGUUAUGAAAUAUGAUGACUUCAAAGAAGAAGGAUCUGAAGCAGCCUUAAAAGCAGCGGGAAAGUAUCGACAGCAAGGGAGGAACUAUGUUGUUGAAGAUGGUGACAUUAUAUUUUUUAAAUUUAACGCUGGAGCAGGUUUGCAAGCAAAGAAAAAAUAGCUCAAUGUAACUGUAAGACAGUAAAUAAAAAAAAAUAAUAUUUAUUAUUGA